AUGGAGGCCUUUAAUUUUGACGGUAAUUCCGGCAAAUCCAACAGUUUUCCGGCGAUGUUUUGCGGCGUCGGUCAAAUAAAAAAGCUGUUCCGCAUUGCCGAGAUCUUAACCGUACUGAUCCUGCUGACGUGGACCUCAUGUCGCCUUCCAUUCGCCGUCAGGAUCUCCGGCGAGUAUCUCCGGUGGCUCGUGAACAUCGUCGUCAGCCAUCUCUUCGUCUUCUUCCUCAGCAAUGCCAUCGUCCUGAUCCUCUUUUACAAAUCGCGCAGUCUCUUCCUGCACCACGGAUUUCACGAUCAUCGCGAAAUCCAAGUCGAUUUCUGCCAGGAUUUCAUCACCAGCGGCGCCUAUUUCGCCGGAUCGGAGGAGAUCGUGUACGAGGACAAGCAGACGAUUUUUGAGGUGACUAGAGGUAGGGCUCACCGGAGGAGCCGAUCGGCGAAUUUCAGGAGAGAGAAAAGCGGUGGUAAUUGCGAGAAGCAGCUGCGGCGGUCGGAGACGGAAUUGCGAAGGAGAGUGGAGGAGAAGAAGGAGGCGGCCGCGGCGGAGGUGGUGGAUGAAUUGAGUAAUGAGGAUUUUCAGAGAGCAAUUGAAGCAUUUAUAGCUAAGCAGAUUAAGUUUCAUCAAGAUGAGAAACUUACUAUUGUGCUUCAUGAAUGCAACUGA